AGGAGCUCAGUGUUUAUAGUUGACUCACAGACAGUCUGACCUGCUGAUGUGGUCUCUGCAGCAGCUGAAACAUUGUCUAGGUUUCAAAUUGAGACGAAGGGCCCGGUGUCAACAACUGUGCAGCUGCUCCCAGUCUCACUACCGGGGGUUCUUUGAGGAGUUGGCAGGCUGAGAUUUAUCAAAUGUUGUGUCCCAGUUCCAUACUGCAUAUUCAUUCUCAUGUACUGUGAUUAUUUUCACAGCUAUUAUUACUGUAUUGGCUACAGAUUAAACAUUUCCAAACAAAACAUAAUUGUCCUAUAAAAUAUAAUCCAUGUUUAGCUCGACCAGCUCCAACAUGCAACAAAACAGUAUCUCUAACUAUAGUUUAUAGUAAGUAAAAUGUCUUUAUAUGGAGCUUUUUACCGACAUAAGUCCCAAAGUGCUUUACAGAGGCAACGUACAAUAACGAGGGCACAACAGGGAAUGUACAACAUGACAUAAUCUGUGAUUUAAAGGGGCACUCUAGUGAUUUAGUGGUCCACUGCUCUUCCAUAAGAGAGAGAACUUGCAAAUAGAAAACACUCAAAGCAGCAGAGGCUGAAAUGUUCUGACUUUCAGUCUUCAGUAUGGCUUCAGGCAAGAAGGAAAAAAUGUUGGAUCCUACAUGUCCCAUAAUAUACACAUACAUACAUACACUAUCUUUCAUUAGACCCUACCGUCUGGUAAAUACCCACUGUCAAUCUCCACAACCGCAGUCUGCAACACAGACUGUUAAGUCCAAGCCACGGGUUAUUUUCUCCUCCUGAGCCACAGGAGACAUUAUACAGCUGUUUUCACAGGCUGAGUAGUUCUAACCACAGCAACCAACCAAGCUCAUCUUCAUUAGUAUCUGUGGUGUGCCUCUUUUUAAAGAGAUGGACAAAACAAUAACUGUAGCAAUAUUAUAGUCAGUUUUUUUCAUUAACAAAUUAACAUGUAAACCACUUAAAUUACCAUUAGAAAUUGUCAGCUGUCUGCAUUAUUUUAGGCAACAUAGUGAAGAAAAUACAUUGAAUUCACCUGUCAUUCCAGGAAUAAAUGCCUCUGAACUUACAGAGGCCCUGGAAGUAAUACCACCCGGCAAAACAUCCAGUCCUGAGUCAAGUGCCUUGGUCAAGACCAGGGCAAUGCAAGGAUUUAUAUUACACUGAAGCUUACUGCUGUAAGACACAUCAGUAAAACCAAAACCUGUUCUGUCCCCCUCAGGAUUUGCCUCAGUGGACACAUGGACAUAUCAUGUUCCCAUAAUAAAGUAUUUUCUUGACAAGUAAUCUUGUAAUCGUUUAUUUAUUGUUGCGGAUUUUAAGCUGUUUUGCUCAUUUUACAUUCCUUCAUUGGCUUUAUUCUCCAGCUAGUUUUUACAGAUUAAAAUGGCUUUCCACUGACGGAGCUGAGGCUCCACUGAUCUGCAUUAAGGCAACAUGAAUCCCUGUCUAACCCCCAGCCGAGAGCCAGCCUUAUGAGUUAAGUGAAAGGUGCGCGAGUUAUGCGGUUUUAAUAGAAUUAGCUCCAUUGUAAACAAUAAGCACUUGACGCAGGAUGACAACUGUACUAACGUGGCAGGAGCCCGCGGGGGGAGGCUGAUGUCUCUGCCCGCCAAGGUGGUCUGAUUGUCGGGGAGAGAGUUCAGUCAGCUGGCGGGGCCUCGGCUGUAAAGGCUAUUUUGAAAUGUGACCUCUCUCUCUCUCUCUCUCUCUCUCUCUCUCUCUCUCUCUCUCUCUGUGUGUGUGUGUGUGUGUGUGUGUGUGUGUGUGGGGGGAGAGGUGCAAUACACACACACACACACACAGCUGCUCGGAACCAUGACAGAAGAUGACGGAUACAGUUGUCGCGGAGGGACAAGUCAAGUUUAGAGAUGGAAAAAAGUGGAAGACUCGGUGGGUCGUUCUUCGGAAGCCCUCUCCGGUCGCAGACUGUCUGACUCUGCUGGUGUAUAAGGAGAAGAAGAAAGGGAAGGAGAAGGGCAGCGGCAACAAGGAGAGGCUCAGUGUGACACUGGAGGGGAUCUGUGGCGUGGAGCCAGGGACCGGGUAUGACGGGGUAUCCUUCACUCUCUCCAUCCUCUGUCUGGCGCACACGCUGGUCCUGGGCUUCAACAGCCGAGACGCCCUGUUAGCCUGGGAUGCCCGCAUACGCUACAGCCUGGGAGAAGUCCACAGGUUCAGUGUCAAUGUCGAGCCAGGUACCAAACUGGAAAGCGGCCCCGCCUCCCUCCACUUGUGCAACAACUUACUGGUCCUUACCAGAGGUGUCCCUCCUGUAGUCAUUGGCCACUGGAAGUUGUCGGCGUUGCGUCGAUAUGGUGCAGUGCCAAAUGGCUUCGUGUUUGAGGGAGGGACUCGCUGUGGAUACUGGGCUGGUGUUUUCUUCCUGUCCUGUUCAGAUGGAGAGCAGAUAAGUUUCCUGUUUGACUGCAUUGUCAGGGGCAUCACCCCCAGCAGGGCCCCUCAUGGCCUGCGACCUGCCUUGCCAGAUCCCAAUGCUGACCCAGCUUCUGCAGAGGAACGAAUCAGCCAGGAGGCAUCAGAGCUAGAGAAAAGACUCAGCAUGUUGUCUCACUGCAGCCUCGCCAGCAGCACAGCUUCCACUUACAGCUGCAGUACAUCUGUUGCCGGGGAUGACCAAAGCAGCAUCUCCAGCUCCUCUUCCAGCCAAUCAGAUGCGAGCUAUGGAAGCAGACUUCCAUUUUGGGUGGAGCCGUUAACUAGGCCGCACCUCUCCAACGAGACAGCAUCAAGCUCCUCCACGCUGAAGGCUUUGACCAGUUCAGAUGACCGGCUUUAUGCUGCUGUGAUGGGAAGCUCCGGGACUCGCCCAUCCUCCGCCCAGCUCCAUCCUCGCGGUCUCCAUGACAGCGGGCGGCAGAGCUCAUUAGACAGUGGGAUUGGGAUAGCGACAGGCAGUCAGUCGUCUUACUCAGGGAGCUUCUCCUCGUAUACGGGGAGUCUGGACACAGCCAGCCAGGGAGGCGGAGAGGAGUUUGGUUCCUUGGCCAGCCUACCUGCUCCUCCUUCUUCACCUCCUUCUGUUCCUCCCCCCACUCCUCCUCCUCCUCCUGCUCCUCCUCCUCCUCCUCUUCUGCCCACACUUACCCCAGAGCACAGUUCUGCUACCUCCUCCUCCUGCCCUUGUGCCUCAAGACCUAGCUCUUGUACAUCCCGGAGGCGCAGUGAGGAGUAUCAAAUCCCCAGCCUGCUCAGACUGUGGUAUGACACUCCCAGGAGUCUGCUCCAGACCCUGUCCCUGAGGGAACCCUCCGUCUCUCAAGAAGGCCCAUCUGGGCAGGGCAGGGACAGCAGGAGCAGUGUAGAUGGAGGGGGUAGUCAGGGACAAAGGUUGAGCAACAGCCCCACAGGAAUCAGGGCCCACCAUCAGGCCAUGAUGCAGCGCUCAAACUCCUGGGGCAGUGAGAGGGCGCCCUCUGUGGACAGUGGGGGGAGGUCCACACCCAGAGCCCUGCUGAUGCCCGGAAGCUUGGUUUGUGGAGAAACACAGUGCGGUCAUGACAACUACAUUACACCAGAGCAGUGGCAGUCAGCGAGGAACAGAUGCUUAACGACUCAGGUUGCCAACUCACCGUCAGGCCUGUCACCUUCUGCAGACACACAAGAUCGUCCUGUGUGUGUGAGCGAAGAAUAUGAUUUCAUUGGGCAUGUUGGUGAUAAACUGGCAGGUCUGAAGAGGUUGCUGCCCUCUCUGCCACCCUCUGUACCUCCACCCCUGCCGGUCGGACUGAACAAGCAUAGGCCAACAUCAGCCUGUGGUAUGUUCCAGCCUGCCCAUGAAUCUCCUCCGUCUGUGUCCCUGGACACUGGGCUCCAUAGUGACAGCACUGAAGAGGGCUCCAUCAGGUACGCCCACCUCGACAUCACUGCCAUGGAAACAGCUCAGAGAGUGGGGGCGGAGCAUGUUCAGGGCAGGGAGGACAGACUGACUCAACUGGAGAGCAGGCGACGAGGGCCACCAAACUGACUCUGCAACGCCCAACUCGUUGCCACUUCAAACUAGUUUUCAUUGCUCAUUCUCUCCAUCAAUUGCAGUUGUUCAUCAUAGCAAUCAUCGUUGCACUUAAACACACCCACAGUUGUGCCAGUGUACAGCAGUUUCCCACCAACAAUCCAUUCCACUAAAAAAUACAAAAAACAGGAAAUGUCUGGGAAAUCUCUUAUGCAGCUGCCAUCUUGGAUGUGUUUUGUGUUCUGUUGUAUCUUCUCAUAUACUUGUACUUAAAUUAGUGCUUUCCUGCAUUUCUCUUGAUGACCUUUAACCCAGAAUUGUUACUUUUUUUUGGCUGCAUGGCACUUAUGUCGGCUGAGGUUGGAGGAAGAUUCUCUCAGGAUGACCGUUGAGCAUUGGUAUAAAUGUCCUUAAUUAUGAGUGAAUGUCACCAAAGACUAAUGUUUACCACUGAUAUUAUAGAGACAAAGAUAGACAGCAACAUUGCUUGGCAUCAAGUUGUACUUUGUUAAGCUGGAAUUUAGAUCUACUUUCUUCAGACUGUGGUGUGGCUCUAUCUGUUGUUACCUCUCUUAUCAAGAGGUCGCACACUGCCACUGUUUAUAUUGAAAUGAUCUAUCACAGGAUUGAAGCAGAAAAUGAUCACACAAUGAAAUCAAGCCCCCCUCAUCACACUGACACUGUUAAGAGUCCCAGCUUGCUUGGCUAUCAUUCCACAUCAGAGCUUAAAAGCAUUCGAUUGAAAUAAGCAGCUUAGAGUUAUAUCUCAGGAGCAAACUACAUUAAUCCAGACCCAUGCGGCCCAAGCAGGACAUGACUGGGUAAUCAGCCAGCCAGUAACAUUAUUCAUCACAGUAAUCAAUGUCUCUGCUUCUGCUCUGUGAGAGGGCAGGAAUUGAUGAAUGGAAAAGCACAGUGUGUGUUCCCAUUUCUCAUCUCCCUCUUGAUAUCAUCAGAACAAAUUGUCCAAUAUUUGAUGCCAAUUUAUUUUUAUGGUGGCGGUUCCCCACCACUGUGUCUGACGAGAAGAUGAUGAGAAAAAAACACAACGUGAGGAUGAGUUAGAAAAACUUCAAAUUUGACUAAGAAUGGUUUGUUAAUGCCGCUACAGGGACUGCAGUGGCAAAGGGGUAUGUUCUCUAGGACUUGUAAAUAGUAACUGCUUUUAUUUAUGCCAAAACAAUAUGAAUGAUAUUCAACUAUAUUUUUAAAAUAUUACUGUUUGUAUGUUGUUGCCACCUGUAUCUUAUUGAAUAUUAAAGGUUGCUGUUACAUUUUAA